UCAAAAGUAAAGUGAUUUUACUGAAUACUUGUAAACUUAUGAACAGCAUUAAGAAUAGAUUGGAUCGAUUGAAGGGAAAUGCAUUGGAUAGAAUUGCUCAAGCCAAGCUAGACGAAUUUGGGUUGAGAGGGAUUACUUUACGUCCUUACCAACUCGAUGGGGUGACGUUUUUGAGGAGAAGCUAUGAUGACAGGCAUGGCUGUAUACUUGGCGAUGAGAUGGGAUUAGGCAAGACCAUACAGGUCAUCUCAACUUUAUUACAUCUCAAAGGAUCAAAAGAUGUACAAGGUCCAUUUUUGAUUCUGUGUCCUUUGUCUGUUUUGUCAAACUGGGGAUCUGAGUUUGAAAGGUUCACAAGAGACCUCAAGGUUGUAAGUCUUUUUGGUGACAAAGAUAAGAGAGAAGAAAUAAAACAUUCAAUUAAAUGUCAAAUCCAUAAACAGGAUGUUAAUAGGAAAAUGCCUGCAAUAAAUGUUGUUCUUACCACAUAUGAGAUUUGUAUUCGAGAGGUAGCAUUUCUGCGCAAUUUUCACUGGAAAGCCUUAAUUGUGGAUGAAGCUCACAGAUUGAAAAAUUCAAAAUCAUUGCUACAUCAGGAGCUGAGUCAGUUUAACAAGGAUUUCAUAGUUUUGUUGACAGGGACUCCAGUUCAAAACAACUUAAAUGAGUUGUAUUCACUUUUGUCAUUUGUUGCACCUUCAAUAUUUGAUCCUGACUUGGAAGAAGCAUUCUUGGAAACAUUUGCUGAUGUUGAGACCUCUUCAGGAAGAAACAGUGACCUGCAAUAUCUUCUGUCACCAUUUCUUCUUCGACGUGUCAAACUAGAAGUGAUGAGUGAUCUUCCACAGAAGUCAGAGGUCAUCCUUUAUACAGGAAUGACAGAAUUACAAAAGAAAUACUACAAAGCUAUUCUUACUAAAGACUUAGGAGCUUUUUCUAAUGAGAGUUCAAAUAAAUCACAGCUAAAGAAUACACUUGUUCAUCUCAGGAAGUGUGUCAAUCAUCCAUAUUUGUUUGAUGGAGUUGAACCUGAGCCAUUUGUUCUGGGAGAUCAUCUAAUCAAUGCCAGUGGAAAACUCCAAUUACUGGACCAACUCCUCUCAUUCUUACACAAAAGGAACCACAAAGUGCUUGUAUUUUCCCAGAUGACAAGAGUGCUAGACAUAUUGCAGGAUUAUCUCGGUUAUAGAGGUUUUACCUACGAACGUCUGGAUGGCUCUGUGCGCGGGGAGGAAAGAUAUCUCGCAAUACGAAAYUUUAAUGAAACGGAAGACACUUUUGUUUUCUUGCUCAGCACUAAAGCAGGUGGCCAGGGCCUCAACCUCACUUCAGCAGAUACUGUUAUAUUUUUUUCAAGUAUUACUCCUGAGAUGAAUCAAAUUUUAGAAGGCAAUUUACAGCUUUCAGAUAUCCUGAAAUUUGGUUUGGACAAGCUGUUUGAUUCAGAAGAAAAAAUAAUAACGGAAAAAGACUACGAAAGGAUACUUGGCAAAAGUGCUAAUGGUGAAUGGGUGGUAGAAGAUGAAAGAGAAGCAGAAGAGAAUGAAGAAGAAGAGGAAGAAAUGGAAGUGGAAGAAAAUGAACCAAACCAAGUUGAAAGCAUGUAUGUCUAUGAAGGACACGACUAUUCCAAGGAAAACAUCGAACGUGACAAAGCUGCCUUCGAUAAAAUGGUGGCUGAUAUGCUUGAAGAGGUCACAAGUUCUGAACGAGCUCGUCGUACUGUCGCUAGAUUUCAGCCGCUGUCAUUUGAUUUACCAACAAGAAAACGAAAAGUUUUAACGCCAGAGGAGCUGAAGGAAAGACGAAAAAAACGAGAAGAGGAUGCAGCCAAGAGAGCAAAACUGAAAGAACAGAAAGAACAAAUGAAAGAAGAGGCUAGAAAAAGGAAAUUAGAGACGUUGUGGCGAGAAAACGACUACAUCUCAUUGAACAUUACACUAAAUGAGAAGGAAGAGAAGGAAGAGGAAGAGGAGGAAGAAAUGAGCGAUGAAGAAGAAGAAGAAGACAAAUUAGAUAUUCAAUACGUUAAUGGUGACGUCACACAGCCUAUCAAUGCCACAGGCAACCCAACCAUUAUUGUACACACUGUUGACGAUUCAGGUUACUGGGGAAGUGGUGGCGUUUUUACUGCAAUCUCUCGUCGUUCAAAAAAACCAGAGGAACAUUACGAGCUGGCUGGUGAGAUGAAAGAUCUUCACCUUGGCGAUGCACAUCUCAUACCAUUCGCUGAGGACGACCAAAAAGAUAGCAAUAGCUAUUUGUCAUUGAUUGUUGCUCAAUCACGUGAUAGACAUCAUCGUCUUUUGCCCAUGAAUCUAUCAGCUUUGAGUGAAGGACUGGAACGCGUGUCUCAAGCUGCUAAAGAUUUGAAAGCAUCAGUUCACUUGCCGCGCAUUGGUCAUUCAACACCAAGCUUCAACUGGUAUGGCACUGAAAGACUCAUUAGGAAGCACCUAGCUGCCACAGGGAUCCCAACGUUUAUAUAUUAUUUCCCAAGAAAACAGUCUUCAUCAACAUCAAGGCCCAGUACUUCAUCCACUGUAAACACCAGUGACAAAAUCGAUAUCUCUACAACGAGACCUCAUCGAAGCCAAGAUGAACCAACGCCGAAAAAAAAUAAAAAGGACUCGCUUCCACGACCGUUGCCCGAUUUCUUCUCGGGUGUUCGGGUUUUCUUUGAUGAUGUUCCGAAGGACCGAGUAAAACUACUCAGCCGUUAUGUGAUUGCAUAUGACGGGGACGUGCAAUCUUAUAUGGAUGAAAACAUUACUCAUGUUAUUUGUAGCAAUGAGGAUUCCAAACUGACAGACAUUCCAUCUCAAGGCACCAAUAUUGUGACAGCAAAGUGGUUAGAGGACAGUAUCAAAAAACAGAGACUACUGGACACCACGAUAUACUCAAUCAACACCUUAUAGUCGUCGGUUCGUAACCUUCUACAUGGAUUAUCUCGACAUUUGCACGGUGGACCUUAUUCUUCUUGGUGCAAUGUUUUCCCAUUUCAGACCACGGUUCAUUCCCUUCAUUAUCAUUUCUUUGUUUAAUGGUUGUGUAUGAGAAGACGCAUGAAUAUGCCUGGAUACAACUAAAACAAAGAAUCUUAUUCUCAAGAAAACGACACGUGGUCUGUAAUGGGAAACACUGCGCCAAGACGAAUCAAGUCUAUCAUAAAUAAAUUCUUGGUGGUAGUUUUAAAACGACGGAUCGUCGAGAAAAGUUUCGCAUCUUAAUGUUUUAAACAUAAAUUAUAAAUCUGUUGUUUAACAGCGACUUGCCAAUCGUAUGAUUUCAUCCAUCAAAAAUACACAAUUUUGAACUUUCCGCAAAUAUUUUUUUCUUUUGAAGAAGCCUUGUGAAAUCAGAAUUGGGUGUUUUGUGAAUUGUGGUAAGGAUGGCGAUAAUUUUCGUGACAAUAUAUCUCUUAUUUGCAUUAUAACCAACAUUGUGAAAGUAAUUUCUGUGGUUGUACAAUGAAGUUCCAUUACACAAUGUUCUAAAAUUCUAUUACUUUUUCCUUUGUUGAGGGGUAAAUUCAGCUUAUAAAUAAUGGAUGACAUUGCCACUAUAACGUCAUGUCUUCUCUUUUCAAAAGACCUCUACCGCGUUCUAUUUUUGAUUAAGAUUUUCGUUUGAAGUUAAAAAGAUUUUUAUUGUUUUUUGAUUCAUUUUAGAGUACCUAGAAAGGAAAAAAUCUCGAUUUUCAAUUUACUCAUAAAUUUUAAUAGAAUUUUGAAGCGAAUUAAAAUUUAGGUACUUGUUU